UCGGGGCGGGGUUGGAAGGGAGGUACCCGGGAAGGAGAGAGCUGCUUCCCGACUCGCCCGCAGGCGGUAGCCGGAGCUCGUGGCGCCCGGUGUGCUCUGCGCAGCGAUGUCUGGAGAUGCGGCCCGGAGCCUGGGGAAGGGAAGCGAGCCCCCGGGGCCGGUCCCCCAGGGCAAGAUCCGCGUCUACAGCAUGAGGUUCUGCCCGUUUGCUCAGAGGACGCGGCUGGUCCUGAAGGCCAAGGGAAUCGGCCAUGAAGUCAUCAAUAUCAACCUGAAAAACAAGCCUGAAUGGUACUUUCAGAAGAAUCCCCAUGGCCUGGUGCCAGUUCUGGAGAACAGUCAGGGCCAGUUGAUCUGUGAAUCUCUCAUCACUUGUGAAUAUCUGGAAGAGGCAUAUCCUGGGAAGAAGCUUCUACCCGAUGACCCAUAUGAGAAAGCUUGCCAGAAAAUGCUGCUUGAGUUGUUUUCUAAGGUGCCAUCUUUGAUGUCAAGCUUUAUUAGGAUGCAAAAUAAAGAAGAUGGCCCUGGCAUAAAGGAUGAAUUGCGGAAAGAAUUCAGCAAGCUGGAGGAGGCUCUGAAGAAAAAGAAGACGACUUUCUUUGGUGGGAAUUCUCUUUCUAUGAUUGAUUACCUCAUGUGGCCCUGGUUUGAACGGCUGGACUCACUGGAGCUCAAUGAGUGUGUGGCCCACACUCCAAACCUUAAGCUCUGGAUGGCGGCCAUGCGGGAAGAUCCCACAGUAUCAUCCCUCAUCACUGAUGCUAAGACAUUCCAAGGUUUCUUUAGGCUCUACAUGCAGAACAGCCCUGAAGCCUGUGACUAUGGGCUCUGAAAGGGACAAGAGUCUGUAGUGAAUGUCUGAUGUUUUCCUUCAUGGUUAUCAAUAACAUGUUAUUGUUUUACUAAGUACUCUCACUGGCUCUUCUCUUUGACUUAACAUUAUGACCAAAUCUGAAAAGUUCCUAUAACAAUAUGAAGACAUUUUAUAUUUCUGCACACUCAAUUAAUUCUGACAGUUCUACCAGACUCCUUGCUGAAAACCCCCAAAAUAGCAUCUUUAUUUAGCUCUAGACUUUAUUAUAGAAGUCUCAACUCAUGGAAAAUUUUCAACAGGAUACCUUGUUAUUUUAAGAAGUUCUUUACUUCUGCUUUCUGAACUGGGAAAUUUGAAUUUCUCAUUCUUUCUAUAUCAAUAAACUGUUACUUCUUC